AUGUGGUUUCAUCCGUACUACCUCUAUGGGGACCCGGCGUACGGUAUAAGCAACCAUUUAAUCUGUCCUUUCAGCGCGUCUAGUGUCGGCCCUCUCACGCCAGAGAUGGCCGACUUCAACAAGCGUAUGAGCGCCUGCCGCGUGAUCUGGCACUCGUGCCUGAACGGAGGCAACGAGAUUUCGCAGUACUUUGGGGUAGCCCCGCCUUCUUUCGAGAAGUACCUUGGUGUGUAGGGGGGUAGGCAAGUGACGUAUCGAGCUGCAUGCCUUCGGGCAAGAUGCGGGCUUGUUUUUUUUUGGCACGUUCUACUGAAUACCACCCGUUUACGUCCUGCAACUUAAUACAUUUUCUUGUUGUCGGCAACAGGCACCCUAGAAAUAGCGUGGCAACCGUUGCGUCUUGCGCGUUUUUUUCUG